AUGAGCGCCAACGACUACCGACCGCUUUUGCGCAACGGCGCGGGGGGGAACAACGGCGACUCCCCAUUGGCUGGCGGUGACGUGGAACUGGCUGCGGAUAAGAUCGAAUCUGCAGUGAUGGUGUCUCCCGCGUCGCCCACCGCGCUGAUUUCGCCGCGUAGCAUGAAUUUCAGCGAGAGGGUUCCGCCUGAAUGGGCCGUGCUGCUGCUUGGAUGUGCGCUCGGCCUCGCCACAGGAGCCAGCGUCGUCCUUUUCAACUUGGCGGUAGAUGGAAUGGCAGAGAUUUUGAUGAACACUCACGAGAGGAAAACAGCACUGGUGGCUGCUGGUGCAGCUGCAGGAAUUUCGUCGGGUUUCAAUGCGGCUGUAGCUGGGUGUUUUUUUGCCAUUGAAACGGUGCUACAGUCGGUUGCUUCGGAGAAUGCGCCCCCGCUUACCACUGCCAUGAUCAUCCUCGCUUCAGUGCUCUCCUCUACAGUGUCUAACGUCGUUCUGGGUGAAGAGCCUGCGUUUACUGUACCUGAGUACGAGCUGAAAUCUGCUGCUGAGUUGCCACUGUACCUGCUCCUGGGGAUGCUGAUAGCAGCCAAGAUCGUUGCCACGGCUCUCUGCAGAGGCUCGGGCUUGGUAGGGGGAAUCUACGCCCCGAGCCUGUUCAUAGGUUCGGCGGUAGGCUCGGUGUAUGGGUCGCUGGCGGGUGCGGCUAUCCAGGCUGCCAUUCCUGGGAAGGCGGAGGUCGCGGCUCCACAGGCAUAUGCUCUGGUGGGCAUGGCAGCAAUGCUCGCCUCUGUGUGCUCUGUGCCUCUCACAUCCGUCUUGCUCCUCUUCGAGCUCACUAAGGACUACCGCAUCCUGCUGCCGCUCAUGGGUGCAGUGGGUCUGGCCUACUGGGUCUCCUCAGUGGCCAACCGCAAGAAGCCCGUUCUCUCACACACCAAGCUCGCCCCCGGCUCUGCCGCAGCCUUUGCUGCAGCUGGCGGGCACGGCGACUCAGCCCUCACGCUCUACUCACCCCUGGGCACUGCCAUGAACGGCCAUGCCUCUCACCAGCAGAAUCUAUCCCUUCUGCAUGAGCACCACCACUCGACUCAUUUCGGGGGGCCGCCGCUGUCCCCGACGCAGCUUCGGGCGUCUUCGUCUAUUUCGUGGCAUAGGGGGAGUGGCAGCAGCAGUACUGGUGGUGGGAGUGGUGCGGAGGAAAUGGAGUUGUGUGCGGUGGAGGGGUUUGCAGGGGGUGUGGAGGCGGCUUUGAGUGUGGAUAGACUGCUGGACGAACUAAAGGUGGCUGCAGCAAUGAGCACCACAUUUGUGUCGGUUCGAGCAGACGCCACUGUGAGAGAAGCUGUGCUGGCUCUCCUAGAAGGCCGUUCAGACUGUGCCAUGGUGGUGGACGCAGAGGGGCUGCUGGAAGGCACACUCUCUCUCACUGAUGUACACCGGGAGCUUCGCCGAUCCUCCAUUAUCAGUGCGGCCGGCACGGCCAGCCACCGAGGCUCGGCGAUCGCCGGACCUGGAGGCUCGGCACGAAGCUCGGUUGCGGGUGGAGUGGGUGGUGGUUCGGGAGGAGGGGGAGGGGGAGGAGGGGGGAGUCAUAGAGGAUCGGCGGUGUCGGUAGGGCUUAUGCCAGUGGGAGGAGUGGGAGGAAUGGGAGGGGUGGGAGGGUUGGACAGGGCAUUGUCACACAGAGCUUCGGUCGCUGCCUCUGAACUGGCUCCUGUAGGCGUGGAGGUGCACGAGAUGCUGGUGGGAGCGGUCUGCACCAGUACCACAGCCCACGGGGACCCCGACCUUGUUGUGUGCUUCCCAGACCAGACGCUGCGCGCCGCCCGCCACCUAAUGCUGCCGAGGAACCUGACGGUGCUGCCUGUGGUGUCUCGGUCCGGCAAGCGGUGGCAGGACCGGGGGAGGAAGCUGGUUGGAGUCCUGGAAGCUUCAGCAAUCCGUGCCACAUGCCAAGCGGAGGCAACCCGUCGGAUAUUGGGAGUACUGGAGGAACCACAAGAAGCAUCACAUGGUGCUGGUGGUCAUUGA